AUGAAAGGUACUCCAGAAUUCCCACAAUGUGGUUUUUCAAGAGCUACUAUUCAAACUUUAGGACAACAAGGUGUUGAUCCAGAAAAAUUUGCUGCUUAUAAUGUAUUGGAAGAUCCUGAAUUAAGAGAUGGAAUUAAAGAAUAUAGUUCAUGGCCAACUAUUCCACAAUUAUAUGUUCAAGGUGAAUUUGUUGGUGGUUGUGAUAUCAUUACUAGUAUGGCUCAAAAUGGUGAAUUAACUGAAUUAUUAGAAAGUGCUAAUGCUUUAGUCCCUGAAGAAAAUGAUACUGUUGAAAGUGCUGAUAUUAAACCAAAUAGAGAAUAA